AUGGAUCAUAUUCAAAUUAAUGAUCAACAACCAACAACUUAUUAUUUUAAAUUAUUAGCAGAUUUAUUAACAACUGAAUUAAUAUCAUUAUCAGGAAUGAUGCAACAACAAACAGAUAGUUCGUCUUUAUUUAUUUCUUUAAAUGAUGCUUUACAAAUAUUCGAUAGAUUUGGUAUACGUCAUGUACAAAUAAUUGAUAUGCAAAAACGUUUAUUAGAAUUAUGUUCAUAUAAUUGA